GGGCGGGGGGGAGACAGGAUCCCAAGCAGGCUCCACUUCCGCGUAGAGCCCGACACAGGGCUCGAUCUCACAGACCCUGAGAUCUUGACCUGAGCUGAGUUCAAGAGUCUGACUCUUAACUGACUGAGCCACCCAGACGCCCCUGCUCAAUUUCUGAUCUUUGUACAGUCAGUGUUUGUUUACAUUUGGUGGUGAAUUUGUGUCCUUGGAGUCAGGGAGAGCGGACAGUUGAAGAGAGUGUGUUGGUGCCUGUGUGUGUUAGGUGACUGGGUAAACUGAUCUCGGAGUGAUCAUCCCCUGCCUCUGGGGGCAGGGAUGGGCAGAAAGGCGUACUUGAAAAAUCCUGGCCUGGGUGAACUCUUAGAUUUGGGCCCUGCUGGAUGCAGGUGGCUCUGUGCUUACUCUGCGUGUGUGGAGUCGGGUACAGAGGACACCGACCUGAUUUGGACAGCAUCAGGAACGUGUGCUGCCUGAGUGUCACGUGACGUUCCUCGGGCCGCUUCUUAACAAUGCAGCUGUCCCCAGGAGGGCGGACCAUUCGUGUGAUCACACCUUACUUAGAUCCGUGGCCCCUUAAACAAUCUGGUGGCCUCUGUGGCUGCGGACAUGCUACCUCUCCCCCAGCACAAUGGGAAGUGUGUGGACGUGUGGGUUUCACAGGGUUUGUGGACCUCCUAAGCUCGUCCUAAGGAUACAUUUGUUUCAUAGGCUUCUUUCUGAACAACAGGUACUCUGUGGACCGGAAAUUGGACAUUCGAAUGAACUUGAAGAGGUGAUAGGCGAAAGAGUUCUUUGUAAGGCCUGGGACGCUGUCCAGAAAGAACAGUGUGCAUGAUAGAGUCCACCUCGCCCUGGGAGGAAGGCUUCGUACUUUCUCAGUGCAGAGAAAUGACGUGUGCAAAGCCUGUGUCCCCAAAGCAGAGCAAAAGUCGAGAGAUGCUGUGGAUUUUAAAAUUAUGCUCUCUGUGGAAACUAAGACAUGUUUUUCCCUUGUAGUUAUGCUUUGAUUUGAAUUAUCAUUUUAAGUUUGUGUUUGAACCAAAUUAAUAGUGUAUUAUCGCUGGUGGAAGGGACGUACUGAAGACAUGAUUUUAGUAUGUUUUGAGCUUCGUUAAGGAGGUCUUGCUUCUUAAGAUAAAAAUCUUCCCUGGAAAAGUCUUAAUUCAUAAGCAAAACAAUGUGAUUUUUCAGGUUUGAGUGUAUAGUCUCUUAUCUCUUGGGUUUUAUCUGUUAGUUGCAGGUAAUUACAUAAUUACAUCCUUUCUCAUUUUGGGCUGUCAUUAAGCAGUUUCAGCAAAGACGCUAUGAACAUCGUUUCGUUCUACAUCCUGAAGUAGCCUUUUAGUUUUGUGUUUAUUGAGGAGCUCUGUCACCUCUGUAUUCAGCCAUUCGGUGGAAGCAGUUGCUACUGAGUUCUUAAAACACAAUUUUCAACAGAUAUUUUACUUGAACAUUCUCAACCUCCCAAACUGUUUCUUUCCAUAGUACAAACUUUUCCAAAGGGAAUAAUAUAUCAAUUGAUGUCCCAGCAACCAUUUUUGGGGGGACGCGGGGAGUCCUAAAACAUUUGUUAUUAAUUUACUGUAGAAAUUUUGAAUGCAUGUCUGUGAACAGAAUGUGGAUAUAGUUGAAGAUAAAUAGAAUAAAAGCUAUGUGCAUCUUUUCUGUAGUAGACCCGUUUGUUUCUGGAUGAAGUUGUGGUCUAUCGAACUAUGCCAGUGUUUCUAGAAACGAAUCGGCUUUACCCGGGGUCCGCCGGAGGAAUUCUUGAAGGUGCCACCCACUCUCUGUGCCCAGCCACCCCACCUCCUCCGUGGCCUGGCCUCUGCCCCGCCCCCCCCAUCCGUGGCCACACUUCUCCUUCAGGGCACUUGCACCUUAGGAGAAGGACUUUUGGCCAAACUUGGAACCGUGGCUUCUUUUCUCAAGGGAGGCAUUUAAAGGUCUUUUGAAAAUGUGGAAUGCCCAUGUUUACCAUGGCAUUCCAUGAGAAAUAGAACACUUUCUGGAGCUUACUUUAACACUAGAGCCUUAAAAUCAACCCUACUUUACUUCCAGAUUUCUAAAUUUUAAUAUUUUUGAGUCAGAUUUGAUACAAAGAGUCGUACGUGCUGUUAUUUCUAGCUCUUGUAUCAUUAACAUGUAUUAUGUAUUUGUGUCUAAAUUAUAGUAAGACUUGGAGUUUAUUUAAAGAGUUGUAGCAGUUUUGGACAUCUUUAUUUCCUGAAAUUCUUGACGAAUUUUUGUGAUUAUUGCAUAUUUUUAUCAGAAAAUACUCUUAUGUUUGUAGCUGUUGACCUGAGUGCUGUCGAGAAGUGUAUCGUGAGGCCCAGGGCUCAUCCGGAGGGAGCACUGCCGGCCUCUGUCCGUCUGACCGAUGGAGUUUUAACAUUGAAUGCGGAGAACACUAAUUAUGCCUAUCAAGUUCCAAACUUCCAUAAGUGUGAAAUCUGUCUGCUAUCUUUUCCAAAAGAGUCCCAGUUUCAACGCCACAUGAGGGAUCACGAGCGAAAUGACAAGCCACAUCGAUGUGACCAGUGCCCCCAAACAUUUAAUGUUGAAUUCAACCUGACACUUCAUAAAUGCACCCACAAUGGGGAAGACCCUACCUGUCCUGUGUGUAACAAGAAGUUCUCCAGAGUGGCUAGUCUCAAAGCGCAUAUUAUGCUGCAUGAAAAGGAAGAGAACCUCAUCUGCUCGGAGUGUGGGGAUGAGUUCACCCUGCAGAGCCAGCUGGCCAUCCACAUGGAGGAGCACCGCCAGGAGCUGGCCGGGAGCCGCGUGCACACCUGUAAGGCCUGUAGGAAGGAGUUCGAGACGUCGUCACAGCUGAAGGAGCACAUGAAGACGCACUAUAAAAUUAGGGUGUCAAGUACAAGGUCUUACAAUCGGAACAUCGACAGGAGUGGAUUCACGUACUCGUGCCCACACUGUGGAAAGACGUUUCAAAAGCCAAGCCAGUUAACUCGGCAUAUUAGGAUACACACAGGUGAAAGGCCGUUUAAAUGCAGUGAAUGCGGGAAGGCUUUCAACCAGAAGGGGGCGUUGCAGACGCACAUGAUCAAGCACACAGGUGAAAAACCCCACGCCUGUGCCUUCUGUCCUGCCGCCUUUUCUCAGAAAGGGAAUCUGCAGUCACACGUGCAGAGAGUUCACUCGGAGGUCAAGAAUGGCCCUACCUAUAAUUGUACAGAAUGUAGUUGUGUAUUUAAAAGUUUGGGUAGCUUGAACACUCAUAUCAGCAAGAUGCAUAUGGGUGGACCACAGAAUCCAGCAAGUUCUGCAGAGACGGCGCAUGUGUUAACGGCCACACUGUUUCAGACGUUACCUCUCCAGCAGACGGAAGUCCACGUCACGUCCACGUCGAGUCAGCAGAAUUCCCAGGCGGUGACCGAUGUCAUCCAGCAGCUCCUGGAGCUGUCCGAGCCGGGGCCGGCUGAGUCCAGCCAGCCCCCUCAGCCCGGCCAGCAGCUCAGCAUCACAGUGGGCAUCAACCAGGACAUUUUACAGCAAGCCUUAGAAAACAGUGGGCUGUCUUCAAUUCCAGCUGCAGCGCACGCUCACGACCCCAGCCACGCCAGGACGCCCUCCGCGCAGGGGCCCACCGCGGACACGCCUCACGCCUCAAGUGAGCCGCCCCCCCCCGCCGAUGCAGAGCCAGAAAAAGAACAAGAAAGCCCAGAGAAGUUGGAUAAAAAAGAAAAAAAAAUUCUAAAGAAGAAAUCGCCAUUUCUCCCUGGUUCGAUCCGCGAGGAGAACGGUGUCCGGUGGCACGUGUGUCCCUACUGCACCAAGGAGUUCCGGAAGCCGAGUGACCUGGUGCGCCACAUCCGCAUUCACACCCACGAGAAGCCCUUCAAGUGUCCGCAGUGUUUCCGGGCCUUUGCCGUAAAGAGCACCCUGACCGCGCACAUCAAGACCCACACGGGCAUCAAGGCGUUCAAGUGCCAGUACUGCAUGAAGAGCUUCUCCACGUCGGGGAGCCUCAAAGUGCACAUCCGCCUGCACACAGGAGUCAGACCUUUCGCUUGUCCUCACUGUGACAAAAAGUUUCGGACCUCAGGCCACAGGAAGACUCACAUUGCUUCUCACUUUAAACACACGGAGCUAAGGAAGAUGAGGCACCAGCGGAAACCGGCGAAGGUUCGAGUCGGCAAGACGAACGUUCCGGUCCCUGACAUUCCUUUGCAAGAGCCGAUUCUCAUAACUGACGUAGGUCUUAUCCAGCCCAUUCCAAGAAACCAGUUUUUUCAAAGUUAUUUUAAUAACAAUUUUGUAAACGAAGCAGACAGACCGUACAAGUGUUUUUACUGUCAUCGUGCAUAUAAAAAGUCUUGCCACCUUAAACAGCACAUCAGAUCACAUACAGGUGAAAAGCCUUUUAAAUGUUCUCAGUGUGGAAGAGGCUUUGUUUCUGCGGGAGUGCUCAAAGCACACGUCCGCACGCACACUGGAGUCAAGUCUUUCAAGUGUCUGAUAUGUAACGGGGCUUUCACUACUGGCGGUAGCCUACGGCGACACAUGGGUAUCCACAAUGACCUUCGUCCCUAUAUGUGUCCCUAUUGCCAGAAAACGUUUAAGACCUCGCUAAAUUGCAAAAAGCACAUGAAAACCCAUAGGUACGAGCUCGCCCAGCAGCUCCAGCAGCACCAGCAGCAUCAGCCAGCCGCCCCCCUGGACGACAGCACCGGGGACCAGCAGAGCGUGCACGCCCCGACGCACGUGCAGGUGGACAUCGAGAGUGACGAGCUGCGGCGGGCGGCCGCGGACACCGCCAACCCCGAGGCCAUGCUAGACCUGGAGCCACAGCAGGUCGUGCGCACGGAGGACGCGGGGCUUGGCCAGCCGUUGACACACCAGCCUCUGGAAGCGGACGAAGAUGGGUUCGUGGCCCCGCCGCCCGCCCUGCCAGGGCCCGUGGACCAGUUUGAGGAACGGGCUCCAGCACAGUCCUUCGAGCCGGCUGGCUUGUCGCAGGGCUUCCCCGUGACGGAUCCGUACGGUCAGCAGACCGCGUUCGCGCCCGUCCAGCAGCUGCAGGACUCGAGCACGCUGGAGUCUCAGGCCCUGUCCGCCAGCUUCCACCAGCAGAGCCUGCUCCCCGUGCCCGGCUCUGACGCCAUGAACGUGACAACUCGUUUGAUCCAAGAGUCGUCCCAAGAAGAACUGGAAGUGCAGACCCCACGCCCCGAAUUCCUGGAGGCCGGGGAGGACCAGGGCCGGCGCUCCUACAGGUGUGAGUACUGCAACAAAGGCUUUAAGAAGUCCAGCCACCUGAAGCAGCACGUGCGGUCGCACACCGGGGAGAAGCCCUACAAGUGCAAGCUCUGUGGCCGUGGCUUCGUGUCCUCGGGCGUUCUCAAGUCUCACGAGAAGACCCACACAGGAGUGAAGGCCUUCAGCUGCAGUGUUUGCAACGCUUCGUUCACGACCAACGGCAGCCUCACCAGGCACAUGGCCACGCACAUGGGCAUGAAGCCCUACAAGUGUCCGUUCUGCGAGCAGGGCUUCCGCACCACAGUCCACUGCAAGAAGCACAUGAAGAGGCACCAGGCGGCCCCCUCUGCCGCGCCAGCCCCGGGGGAGGCGGACGGAGGAGAUAUGUGUGUGGAGGAAGAGGAAGAAAAUCCCGAGAGAAACCCAUCUCGAAAGGCCCGUCCCGAGGUCAUCACCUUCACAGAGGAGGAGACGGCACAACUGGCCAAAAUUCGGCCGCAGGAAAGCGCGACGGUGUCGGAGCAGGUCCUGGUGCAGUCGGCGGCCGAGAAGGACCGCGUCAGCGAGAUGAAGGACAGACAGGCGGAGCUGGAGGCCGAGCCCAAGUUCGCCAACUGCUGCUCCUACUGCCCCAAGAGCUUCAAGAAGCCCAGUGACCUCGUGAGGCACGUGCGAAUCCACACUGGAGAAAAGCCAUAUAAAUGUGAUGAAUGUGGGAAGAGCUUUACUGUUAAAUCGACCCUAGACUGCCACGUGAAGACGCACACAGGUCAGAAGCUCUUCAGCUGUCACGUGUGCAGCAACGCCUUUUCCACAAAGGGGAGCCUGAAGGUGCACAUGCGCUUGCACACGGGAGCGAAGCCCUUCAAGUGUCCGCACUGUGAGCUGCGCUUCCGCACGUCCGGGCGGAGGAAGACACACAUGCAGUUUCAUUAUAAACCCGACCCGAAGAAAGCCAGGAAGCCCGUGGCCCGAAGCCCGUCGGAGGCGCUGCAGCCCUUAAACCUGCUCAGCCCGUCAUCCGCUGACCCCAGCGUGUUCGUCAUGAACAACUCUGUCCUGACGGGGCAGUUCGAGCAGAACGUGCUUCCGCAGGGGCUGGUGGGCCAGGCCAUCCUCCCUGCCUCCGUGUCGGCUGGUGGUGACUGGACGGUGUCUUUGACGGACGGGAGCUUGACCAGCCUGGAGGGCAUACAGUUACAGCUGGCUGCUAACUUAGUCGGGCCAAACGUCCAGAUCUCUGGAAUCGAUGCCUCCAGCAUUAACAACAUCACAUUACAGAUUGACCCAAGUAUUUUGCAGCAGACACUACAACAGGGCAACUUGCUCAGUCAGCAGCUGCCGGGGGAGCCCGGCCUGGCCUCCCAAAACAGCACCUUGCAGACACAGGACAGCACGGUCCCAGCCAGUGUCGUCAUCCAGCCCAUCUCAGGCCUGUCCUUACAGCCCACGGUGACAUCUGCCAGUCUGACCAUCGGCCCGCUGUCUGAGCAGGACCCCGUGAUGACCACCAGCAGCGGGACUCAAGACCUCUCUCAGGUGGUGACGUCGCAAGGCCUGGUAUCCACCUCCAGCGGCCCCCACGAGAUCACCCUGACCAUUAACAACUCGAGCCUGAGCCAGGUGUUGGCGCAGGCUGCCGGGCCCGCUGCCGCGUCGUCCUCCGGGUCCCCGCAGGAAAUCACCCUGACCAUCUCUGAACUUAAUGCUACAACUGGAAGCCUGCCUUCGACGACACCCAUGUCUCCGUCGGCCAUAUCUACUCAGAACCUGGUCAUGUCUUCAUCAGGGGCGGGGGGAGAUGCCAGCGUCACGCUGACUCUGGCCGAUACUCAGGGCUUGCUCUCCGGAGGACUGGACACGGUCACACUCAACAUUGCUUCUCAGGGUCAGCAGUUCCCAGCCUUACUCACGGAUCCCUCGCUCUCCGGCCAAGGGGGAGCGGGCUCCCCACAGGUCAUCUUAGUGAGCCACACCCCCCAGCCCUCCUCCGCUGCUGGCGAAGACAUCACCUACCAGGUCACUGAUGUCUCUGCCAGCCUGGCCCAGGGCGGGCCGCCCGAGAAGGAGGCCCGGCUGCACCAGUGCGUGGAGUGUGGCCGCGGCUUCGCGUCGGCCGCCAUGCUGCUGCAGCACAGCAAGGAGGUGCACGGCCGGGAGCGCAUCCACGUGUGUCCCGUGUGCAGGAAGGCCUUCAAGCGUGCCACUCACCUCAAGGAGCACAUGCAGACGCACCAAGCCGGCCCUUCCCUCAGCUCCCAGAAGCCCAGAGUGUUCAAGUGUGACACCUGUGAGAAGGCGUUCGCCAAGCCCAGCCAGCUGGAGCGGCACAGCCGUAUCCACACAGGAGAGCGGCCGUUCCACUGCACGCUCUGCGAGAAGGCCUUUAACCAGAAGAGCGCGCUGCAGGUGCACAUGAAGAAGCACACGGGCGAGAGGCCCUACAAGUGUGACUACUGCGUCAUGGGCUUCACCCAGAAGAGCAACAUGAAGCUGCACAUGAAGCGGGCGCACAGCUACACCGGAAGCGUGCAGGAGCCCGUGGCCCCGCAGGAGCCCGGAGCGGAGGAGCUGAGCCGCACCCUCCAGCUGGAAGACGUGGUGCAGGAGGCCGCGAGCGAGUGGCAGGCCUUGGCCGGUGUGUUCUGACGCGCCCGACCCGCCUGGAGGGCCAUCCCUGCGUCGCGUGUCGCGGAAGAACAGAGCGCUUGGAGUGUCCGUGUGGAAGCUCCAAGUGUCAAGGAUGUUACCACCGCGGUGUUUCAGUUAUAAAAUUAUCUAAGAAUCAUUGUCUUUCAGAGACUGAGAGGAAAAAACCGGGGACGGUGUGAACGCGGUGCCGUCAUUUGUCUACGAAUCAUUGAGCUCAGGUACUACGCUAGGUAGUUUCCCCCUCUACUCGGCGGCCAGUGCAUCUAGUUAAACAGAACUUAACUGGAUCUCACUGUCCUCGUGGUGUGACGUCUUUGUAUUGGCAAAGACGAAAGUUACCAUGGAAAAAGUAAGAUAGUUUCCUUCAUGCUUUCUGUCGUAAGAAGCAGAGCUUAUAAAACACACAUAAAAUAGGUGCAUGAAGUUCGAAAAAUGUCAGAACACACAGGGAAGUUUUUUCCAUUUCUUUUCCUCUGUGCAUUUCGAAGUUAGAAAUGGACUGUUUUUGGUCUACCGUAAGUUAAUCUAACUAGUUCCUUGAGAGCCGGCUGGACCAGUUCUCUCCGCAUUACGUUUGUCUAAUCAUUAGCUACAGGAACACAGCAUCGGGGCAGAAACCUGGGGGGCUGUAAACCCGACGCCGAGAAGGAUUAAACCGUCCUCACGGGAGGGGCCGCACUUGCUUCUUUAGUCGACAUCCAGGUACGCGGGUUAGACGGUUGCAGAAAGCACAAGCCAUACGUCACGAGCAGGGAAGGGCAGAGCUGGCUCCCGGGAGUGAGGGCGCCGUGGCCCUGCCCACCCCGACGCCUGAGAGGUGCGUUUGUAGAUUAAAGGUAAGGACCGUACGAGCCCCGUGACUUUCUCUUCACGCAUAAGCAGGUGUAUUUUUUAUUUCAGGGAAUUCUUUACUAUCAUCAAUGGUGCCACAUUGAACACGUCCCAAACCAAAUCCCACCCCGUGCGGGGGGCAGUGUGCGUUGCUCCUACAGCAUUCCAAAGAUGGAAAGUUCUUUACUUCAUGUGAAUUUCUCCUUCAAAGUUAUUUAUAUGUUCUAUAUAUAAAUACAUAUGUACAUACGCAGAUAUAUGGGCCUCUGUGUGGCUGAACAGUAUAUUUUGUAAAUAGAAGCUCUAGUCCCCAGAUUCCAGAGAGAGCGUCAGAGUUUUUAGCUCCCUGCGAGCACUUCAGAUCAGUAUUGUAUUCGUUAUAUUCACAAAUGGGUAUCUUUUCAUUGUAACAUAAAGGUGGGGUUGCUUUGCUUUUGGUUUUUUUCUUCCUGAAAAAUAAUUGCUUUUAUUUUCUCUCAUUGCCUCCCUGGUUUCAGAAGAGAGCAGUUUUAUUAUAAAUAUUGUAUGGACUUUGUAUAUUAAGAGACGGGCUCAUUUCAGAUUCCUGAAGAAAGAGACAUUCUCACUGUUAUUUUUUCAAAGGGCAUCUUUUGAUUUUUUUUUGUUGUUGUUCACUUUGGGCAUAUGUAUAUAAGUAAUAUUGAUGGUGAUAUAAAAACUUUUGUUAUGUGAAAAUAUUUAAGUCAGAAAACUGUUAAAUAAUAUUACUUUUUUUUCAAACUGCUUUGUGUAUUGUAUAUUUUUUUAAGGAAAAAAAAAAAAAGCCUUAUUUGACUUAUUCUUGUGAUACUGGACUUCUAUAUCCUGAGGUUCUCCUUGAAUGUCAUUGUGUACCGGCAGUAGUCCAUAUAUUCAGAAUAAUUGUAAUUGUGCCAGAGUUUUAAAGAUUCUGCUUUUAAUGCACUUUUCUUUUAUAAUUUUGUAUUAAAAUAUUUUAGAAAUGUUGAUUAAUUUUGGUGAACAGAGAUCUCCAAAGUUGAAAUUAUUGCAUUUAAAAAAUUUUGUUCUCGCUAGGUUAUUUAUUUUGGUUGUAGCAUUAAAUGUCAUCUCUCAGGACAGUGUCUGAAAGGGUUUGAUUCCUACUUGUACAGAAAGCGUAGUUCAGUGAACUGUAUUGGUGAAUUGCCUGUUUACGUAAGGCCUUACCAGGUGAAUCUAAAGCCUACUUUUAUUUUCGUCAAAGAAAAUGAGGAACAAUCUAUCAAUAAUUCAUUUUGUGAGUUUUCUCGAUUUAUUAACUCAGCAGGCAAACACAAGACAUUAAUAUAUUAUUUUUAUUUACUUCCUAGUUAUAAAAGCUGCUUCUUUGCAAAACAUUCCUUGAAAAUAUAAGGUUUUGUAAAGACAUAAUUUCACUUGAACCUUUGGUGGAGUACAGGUUGAUCUUUAUAUUUUACUGGUUAAUAAAUGUCUUCUGACAAGAGAUUUCUAGCCUCCUGCAUAACCAGGGUUUUGAGAACAGAUAACUGUAUUUUUAGAAAUAUCUCCUCAUAGCGUACCUGCUUUGGAAUAACAAUAAAUAAAAAAUGAAGUUAG